GGGUGGGAUGGGAGUGGGGCUGGUUUUCGCCGACCCUAGAGAAUCUCGUCCGAGACUUGGCCGUCUGUGAGCCACACGUGAGCCCCGGACCGGAGGUGCAGGCGGUGGUCCAGGGCGAGCGGUCCCCGUGGCGGCCCUGCGGCUUCCCCGUGCUCGGUAAAGCAUGGCCAAAAGCUUACGGAGUAAGUGGAAAAGGAAGAUGCGUGCUGAAAAGAGGAAAAAAAAUGCCCCAAAGGAGCUCAACAGACUUAAAAGUAUUCUCAAAGUAGACAGUGAUGCUUUAAUGAAAGAUGUUCAAGAGAUUGCUACUGUUGUGGUUCCCAAACAUCAGCAAGAGAAAAUGCAAUGUGACGUGAAUGAUGAAAAAGAUGAUAUGAAAAUGGAAACUGAUAUUAAGAGAAAUAAAAAGAGUCUUCUAGACCAGCACGGACAGUACCCAGUAUGGAUGAACCAGAGGCAAAGGAAAAGACUGAAGGCAAAGCGAGAGAAAGCAAAGGGGAAAAGCAAAGCAAAAGCAAUGAAGGCAGCGAAGGGCUUGGCCUGGUAGACUCUUAAAAACUAAAGAUGCCACAUGGGACAGUUGAUUCAAGUGUAUACAGCAAUUUCAUAUCCCAUUGAAUGACUUUAAUUCAGACAACAUAAUUCCUCAAGUUUGUUUUGGGAACUUGAAUAAAAUAUUUUCUUUGAUGAAUGAAAGCUGUACUAAUAAUUUUAAUUAGAUGCCACCCAGUUUUCAGGUUUUGAUCAGACGUCCAAACAAUUUCAGGUAUUAAUGUGGUUAUAAUGGUUUGUUCUUACAACUUGGUGAUUAUAGUCAGUAAAGAUAAAUAAUGUACUGAUGAAUUUGAGUGAAUUCAUUUAAAGACCGCUUAUGUAAUUAUACCAUUUGUCAGAGAAUAUAAAAACAAUAUAUAUUUGGACCUUUGAUUUGUGUAAUACAGAAUAAAAUAUAUUUUGUGUGUA